CGUCGCUUGCUUUUGCGAAUAUGAAGAAAUCCAAGCCUCUGCUACACGACCAUUUGAUUACGAUUCGAGUGAAAAAGUAUUUGGAGGAGCACAUUGGCGAGACGUAUCUGGAUGUGAAGCUGAUGACCAAGGAGUUGAUGAGCAAAUAUCCAGAAUAUUCGCGACGCAAAUUUGGACCAUUCAGGCAACUAGUGCAUCAAGCAUUUAAAAUAAUCUCGGACAGUUAUAACUUGGACCAGGUAAGCAGCUCGGAGGAAGAGUGCCCCAGCGAAGAGUCAGAGCCGCCACAGAACAGUGUCAUGAACAACAUGAUGAACAGCCUGUACAGUCAGUCGCGCAAGUCGCUGGCCAACAAGCCAAGCACGGAGCCCAUUGACAUAUCCAGCGGCGAUGAGGGUGAGGAUGAUGCACCAUCCACCACCAAUGCAAAUGGAGAUGCUGCACAGGCACCGCCACCGCCCAUCAUCAGCAGCAAUACGCUGAAACGCAUCAUGAGCGAUGAGGGAGAAGCCAAUACAGUGGCGGCCAAAAAAGCAGUUAAACCAAGCACCAAUAUCAUUCAAGGACCUGGCCAGGAACCAGCACAAAAGUUCAAUUCGGGCUCCGGCAAGAACCACUCUGAUGGCUGUUCACGCAAGGAUCAGCGCAACUCCUCGAUGCUUUACCAGCAGCUGCAAAAUCAAUCGCCAUCGAGUCGUCCGCGCAAGAACAAAAGGGAGCUGGAGCUGCAGCAUAUCACUGAAAGUUUCCGCGACAUUGGCGGCAUGGACGGCACACUGAAGGAGCUCUGCGAGAUGCUCAUCCACAUCAAGUCACCGGAGUUUUACUUCCAGUUGGGGCUGCUGCCCGCCAGAGGUUUGCUCCUGCACGGUCCACCCGGUUGUGGCAAAACCUUUCUGGCGCGCGCCAUUAGUGGGCAACUGAAAAUGCCGCUGCUGGAAGUGCCGGCCACAGAGCUUAUAGGUGGCAUCUCCGGUGAGUCGGAGGAGCGCAUACGCGACGUUUUCGAGCAGGCCAUGGACUCGUCGCCCUGUGUGCUCUUCAUCGAUGAGAUUGAUGCCAUCGGUGGCAAUCGCCAGUGGGCGGCCAAGGACAUGGAGCGUCGCAUUGUCUCGCAGCUGAUUAGCAGCCUGGACAACCUGAAGGCCACGGAGUUCGGGCAGUCUGUGGUGGUGAUUGCAGCCACCACGCGUCCCGAUGUGCUCGAUCCUGGACUGCGUCGCAUCGGACGCUUUGAUCAUGAAAUUGCCAUACACAUACCAUCGCGCAAGGAGCGACGGGAGAUCAUGCGCAUUCAAUGCGAAGGUUUGUCCGUUGACCCCAAGCUCAACUACGAUAAAAUUGCGGAGCUAACGCCCGGCUAUGUGGGCGCUGAUUUGAUGGCUUUGGUCUGCCGUUCCGCCGCCAUUGCCGUGCAGCGGCGUUCCAUGAAGAAGUUCAGGGAGUUGCAUGCGGCCAGCGAGAUGAACAUGACCACGGUGACGCUGGAUGAUGAUGAACCCAAUGAUGUGUCGAUUGCAAAGGCCAAGGAGGAGGCUGAAGCCAAGAAGGAGGACGACAAGGCCGACGGUGACAAGGCGGACAAAGACAAGUCGCAGGUGGAGGAGGAGAAAGCAGAUGGCGACACUGAGAAAGGUGCCGAAGGAACUACAAAUGGCCAGACGCCCGACAAACCCUCCGACGCAGCCAUGGAAGUGGAUGAAGUGCCGCCGCCCCAGAAACAGAAGCAACAGCAGCAGGAGUCAACCGCCAAUGAUUAUUACGAGCCCACUUUGGCCGAGUUGACCAACUUUCUGGACAAUCCACCGGAAGAGUUCUCCGAUCCGAAUUUCUGUCUCACUUUGGAGGACUUUUUGGACGCCAUCAAGGUCAUGCAGCCAUCGGCGAAGCGUGAAGGUUUCAUCACUGUGCCAGACACCACCUGGGAGGAUAUUGGUGCGCUGCAGGACAUCCGUGAUGAGCUGAAGCUCGCUGUGUUGGCGCCCGUUAAGUAUCCCGAGAAACUCGAGCGCCUUGGGCUGACGGCACCUUCGGGCGUGCUGCUGUGCGGUCCACCAGGCUGCGGCAAGACGCUGCUGGCCAAGGCCAUAGCCAACGAGGCGGGCAUCAACUUUAUAUCGGUGAAGGGCCCCGAGCUGAUGAAUAUGUAUGUGGGCGAGAGUGAGCGUGCGGUACGCGCGUGCUUCCAACGCGCACGCAACUCGGCGCCUUGUGUCAUUUUCUUUGAUGAGUUCGACUCGCUGUGCCCCAAGCGUUCGGAGGGCGGUGAUGGCAACAAUUCGGGCACGCGCAUUGUCAACCAGCUGCUCACCGAAAUGGAUGGCGUGGAGGAGCGCAAAGGCGUCUACAUUCUGGCCGCCACCAACAGGCCGGACAUAAUCGAUCCCGCCAUACUGCGUCCUGGACGUUUGGACACCAUCCUCUAUGUGGGUUUGCCUGAGCAGAAUGAGCGCGCGGAAAUCCUCAAGGCAACCACCAAGAAUGGCACGCGUCCUGCUAUGGCCGAUGAUGUCGAUCUGGAUGAGGUGGCUGCUGAAACCAAGGGUUAUACCGGCGCCGAUUUGGCUGGCCUCGUCAAGCAGGCUUCCAUGUAUGCGCUGCGUCAGUCGCUCGCCGAGGAUGACAACAAUUUGGAGGGUUUGUGUGUGCGACGGCAGCACUUUAAGGAUGCACUGAAGCAGCUGCGUCCGUCUGUCAGUGAGCAGGAUCGCAAAGUAUACGAAAAGUUGCGCCAGAAAUAUGCCGCACCGCGUGUGCCCAUUGCUAAGUAAAUCUCAACAAAUCAUUCAAUUUGUUGUUAAUUAGUCGUUAAACAUACACAAACAACAAGCCCCACAACAACCCAUCAAUAUUAAGAGCGAAAACAAACGAGGAAUUCCCCCACACAGAAACAUCCCAUUUAAACCACGAAAUAAAAGCCCAAAGCUAACGGUACAA